UGGCUACACCAUAUCCACAGAACCCCCCACUUCCAAACCUAUCACUAAUUCACAAUCUUCUCCCUCUUUCAUCCAUACAAAAACCAGAAACAUUUGUUAUUCAGCUUUUACAUCCUUAAAAAAAAACAAAAAAAUAAAAAAAAAAGAAAGAAAGAAAAAAAAAUGUCAGUGGCAUCUUCACCUUCAUUCCCAUGCAUCAAACUCCCUAACCAAUCAUCUUCAAGCAGUACCCAAUCUUGCUCUUAUUCUGCUUCCUCCUUAAAAUUCACAAUUAGGAGCUCUCAAGCUGAUGGCCCUUUAAGAAGACCGGUGGCUCCUGCCCCUGUAAAGCCUGUGCCGCCAUCUCCAUCACCGCCGCCGGCCAAGACGGCGGCGGUGGAGGCUGCUGCUGCAGCACCGAGUAGUGUGGUAACUGUGGAGUUUCAGAGGCAGAAGGCGAAAGAGCUUCAAGAAUAUUUCAAGAAGAAGAAGCUUAUGGAAGCUAAUCAAGGCCCCUUCUUUGGUUUCAUUGCCAAGAAUGAAAUCUCCAAUGGCAGAUGGGCCAUGUUCGGUUUUGCCAUCGGAAUGCUAACAGAAUAUGCCACCGGCUCCGAUUUUGUGGACCAAGUUAAAAUCCUCCUCUCCAAUUUCGGAAUUUUGGAUCUUGAAUGAUUCCGUUUUUCUUGAUUAUCGAAAGCCUGCAUAUAAGCUUUCUCGUCAAAUCUCUGGGUGAUUUAUUUUUCCGGUUUUCUUUAUGAUUGAUGAAGUUGUUGUAGCUCCUCAACUCUAUUGAAGUUUCCAUAAGUACAGAAACAUUUUUCUCUCUCUGUUUCUUGUCUGUCUAUACACAAAGUAAAUCCCUGUCUUUUGUAACUGUUUUAUGCAACUGGUAAUAAAUACACUGUAUUCAAAA